AUGUUCGAUCCUGGGGAGUUGAGCGUCGUCGUGGAGAUGACUCAAGCCAUGCAUGCCUCUGUGAAGGCUUUUAUGGAUACAGACUUCGCUUCGUAUCUCUGCUUGGGUGAGCUUGACCUGGGAGGCCUCUGCCAAUUGUGCAAUGAUCCUGAUGUCGAGGAUGUUCCUCCAGAACAUGAUCCUUCCCAAGCUGGUGCCUCCUCUGAUUCGCUUGAGACGAUGUCUCAAAGACAAUAUUGUUAA